AUGCCUCCUCCUACCGAUCCUGAACGCCGAGAACGAAUUUUGUGCGAAGCACGACAACUCCUUAGCGACGCGGAGGGGAAAAGUUGGCGAGAACUUGCUGCGAGAAAAGAAGCCGAACAAAUUUUUGCUGAACCUCUUCCUCUGGAAGAGCUCCUCCAAUCCCCAAUGUCUUAUCCUUUUCGAUUGCCGAGAAGUCGCUCGGCUGAUUGGUCUUCGGCGAGCAAGGACUCUUAUUUGUCCCGCUGGUCUCGCGAGAACACACCGACUGCUUGUGCUGAGCGAUAUUCGCGCGAUGUUCGCCGCAGCUACACUCCUGUUCGAGAAAUCGCCGAUUCCAAAGUGAUAGAGGAGAGCCGUCGACCCUACUCUUCUUACAGUAAGCGAACACCGAUCGGUUUCAUGACGUUGCCCUACCGUACCAGCAUCAACUAUGCCGAGGAAGAGCAACCGAUUCGAAAAUAUGAUGUCUUUCAAGUGCGCUCAUGGAGUUAUCCGAUUUAUAAAUAUUUAAAUCACCGGGAGCACAAUUAUGAGAGGCCGUACUCGUUGACGAGAGCAUACGGCACAACACCCUCCUACACGACUCCGACAAUGACAAUCGAUUCGAAAAGUCGAAUCGAUGGUAGACGGGGAUACAGUGGCUACGCUUAUGUGGGUCUGGAGUCGAAUUUCGAUAUCACGAGUCGACCCCGCAGUCUGACCAACAAUAAUUUCUGGCGAAGUCACUACGCGUCAUCCCCAUGGCUCCUCCCCCGUCACCACUACACCAGUUCUGCCUUGCGUCACUUCAACGCCUAUCGACCGACAACCUACAACCGGGCCACCGUGCAUUCCUACUGGAAACCCUAUUAU